AUGAGCAGUUUGGCGUUCACAUUGAAUCAACGGCGUACUGCCCUGAUGUGUCGAGCAGCGGUUACUGGCAACUCAGCUGCCAGCGUGAUCAAAGCUUUGGAGAGCGGUAUCAAGUUUAAAAAGGCCACGCGAAAGCCAGUGGUUGGCUUUCUUUUCACCGGCCAAGGAGCGCAAUGGUGUGGGAUGGGACGGGAGCUGGUGGGAGCAUAUCUCGUCUUCCGCCAGUCAAUGGAAAGAGUGGAUGCACACUUGACCCGACUUGGAGCUCCUUUUUCCGCCCUAGGUGAAAUUCUUGAGAACCAAGACGCGUCCCGGCUCAACCAUCCUCUUCAUAGUCAAACAAUCUGCACAGCACUUCAAAUCGCACUUGUGGACCUUUUAAGUUCAUGGAACAUACAACCAGACUCGGUUACUGGCCAUUCUAGUGGUGAGAUAGCCGCAGCGUACGCCAUCGGAGCGCUAAGCAUGGAGGAUGCUAUAUCCGUUGCAUACUAUAGGGGUGUUGCAGCGAGCAAGUUAUCACACAACGAAGAAGUUAAAGGAGGGAUGCUCGCUGCCGGCGUGUCUCCAACCCAGAUAGAACCGUUCCUGGACAAUUUGAAAUCUGGGAAAGCCGUCGUGGCAUGCAUUAACAGCCCGUCCAGCGUUACUGUCUCGGGAGACGUUGAAGCUAUUGACGAGCUUGAGAAGGUAUUAAAGGAGAAGGAAUUCUUCUGCCGACGUCUGGUAGUGGAUGUUGCAUAUCAUUCCCACCACAUGGAACUAGUUGGCGGAGAAUAUCUUGACCUGAUAUCAAAGAUUCGACCACGGAUUGGAAGCACGUCCGGAAAGCAUACUGUCUCCUUUUUCUCUUCGGUGACAGGAGCUGAGGUCAAAGCGUCCGAUCUUGGUCCUCAAUAUUGGACUAGAAAUCUGCUCGGCCAGGUCAAAUUCGUUGAAUCCGUUAGGGCGCUUUGCUUUGAAACCAGUACUCAGAAAUCGAUGUUUGCGGCCCCUAAUAACAGACGGGCCAGGCGACCAAACGGUACACGCAAGGUCAACGUGGAUGUCCUGCUGGAAGUUGGCCCUCACGCAGCAUUAGCGGGCCCGAUCCGUCAAAUUCUGAAAGAUGACGACAAACUGGAGGCGGCAGGGAUUCAAUAUGCGAGUGGCUUGACUCGUAAAGUCGAUUCUGUCACAACGGCAUUAGAGGUUGCUGCGACCCUGGCCUGCCUGGGCUCCUUGGUCAACUUUUCAGCAAUCAAUGACCCGUUAAAUGAGACACGAGAUACUCAUAUUCUGAUUGAUCUUCCUCCAUAUGCAUGGAACCACAGUAGAUCAUACUGGGCUGAGUCGCGCAUCAGCAUGGCAUACAGAAAGCGCAAGCACCCUCGCUCAGAUCUCCUGGGUGCUCUCGACAGAAUAUCUUGUCCGUUCGAACCUCGUUGGAGAAACUUUGUGCGUGUCUCGGAGGUCCCAUGGCUGAAAGACCAUAAAAUACAGUCGAACAUAGUUUAUCCUGCAGCGGGGUACAUUGCAAUGGCCAUAGAAGCUACAUCUCAACACUUGCCGGAGCGGGAGGUAAACAAGCACAUGCCAGCGUUUAUUCUCCGUGAUGUUGAAAUAAAAGCCGCUUUGGUCAUCCAAGAGCACUCUGCAGCUGAGGUCAUGACCUCGCUACGAGUGUGUCACGGGGGCACCGAGGACUCCGAGCAUCUUUACGAAUUCAACAUCUAUUCUGUGACCGGUGAAAAUCGAUGGACCGAACAUUGUCGUGGCCUGGUUGGCGUCCAUGAUAUGUCCCUGGACACCGAGGAUGAGUCUUGUUCCCGGACGCCAGCAAAAUCUUCCGACCUCAGUGUCAUAGACAUCUCGACGUUCUACCAAAAGCUAGCCACCAUUGGUCUCGAGUAUGGCCCUUGCUUUGCGAAUAUGACCCACGCUAAUCGUGCUGACAACUUGUGCUUUGCUCAAGUCACUAUCCCUGACACAGCAGCUGUCAUGCCGAUGAAUUUCCAGUACCCAUACUUGAUCCAUCCCUGCACCCUUGACAGUAUAUUUCAUUCAAUAUUCGUUCAGACAGACUUUGGAGAUGAUCCCGCUAUUCCGGUUCAUAUAGAUCAGCUUUGUGUGUCUCGAAGUACAGACCAUUCACCGGGUACUAAAAUGCAAAUUGAGACGCACAUUGACAAGCGGACGAAAAAGGGCAUUAUAGCCUCAAUUACAGUGAUGGAUAGCCAGGAUACUAUUGCUAUGUCGAUUAAGGGAUUGCGAUGCAAGAACCUCGAGAACAGCGCACCCAGGAAUACAGUCAAUCCGACUGAUCGCCUUGGGUACAUGCUUACCUGGAAAGCAGAUCCUGACCUUCUUUCAACGCAAGACUUUAGUACUAUUUUUAAUGAAAACAACCACGACAGCGAAGGAUCCGCAAAGAGAACUUCGUUGGAAACUUGUGCGUCUUACUACAUUCGGAAAGCCAUCCAAGGUCUUGAAUCCGUGGACAAGGAAGAAUUGCAUCCGGAUAGAAGGCAACAGUUUGAAUACUUCGUUGAUUUCAUGCAAAAAGGUCUCUUGGCCCCGUCACCAGACAUGGAUAGCGCGGAUAUUCAUGCAGUAAGUGCUUCCGGACCGGAAGGAAGAAUCCUCACUGCAAUGGGCGAGCAACUCAGUACAGUCUUGAAAGAUCCAAAAUUCUCAACCAGUGAUAUGGAUCCUUCAGUAUGGGAGCACUACUGGGACACUAUCCGCUCAUCCCCGGUGUACGCAAAACUAGCUAGCUAUCUAGAGCUUGUCGGCUAUAAGAACCCAAUGGUCUCGAUACUUGAGGUGGAGGGUACAUUUGGCCAAUCUUCACAAGGUUAUCUUGAAAGGCUCUUGAGCAAUCGCGGGCGAGGCCCCAUAUGCAGUGAAUACACAAUCACUUAUCAAGGCCCAUCGAUCCCUGAGCACUUCGCCCCAUUGCUUUCCGAGUGGAACCAAUCGCUGAAAGUGAAGAAAUUGGAUCUGAACCAGAGUCCGGAGACACAAGGCUUUCUCAAAUCCCAAUACGAUGUCGCAAUUGUGUCAUUGGGCCUUUGUACGGUCUCAUCGAAGUUGCAAGCUCUGAGGAACAUACACACGCUGCUGAAGCCGCGGGGGCAUUUGGUCAUCGUGGAUCCCACUGCUGGAUAUAAUGAUCUAGUCAACUCUGUUAUCUUUGCGAAUUCUCCAGGAUGUUGGUCUGAAGGUCGAUUUGGCCAUACUCUCGAAGACUGGAAUCUCGCGCUCUCAGUGGCUGGAUUUUGCGACGCAGAAGAUGCAAGCACUUCACGAGAAGGGCCCUUCAUGAUCAUCACUCGUCCGUCGCAUGAGCAUUCAAUUCCCAAACGACGUAUUCUAAUCAUAUCAGAAGAUGAUGACAAUGGCAUAGACAUGUCCGUUCUGCAAGACUGUCUCGGCCCCGUGUCGUCCGAUAUCGAAAUUGUAGAUUUCAUCCAUGCCAAGCCAGAAGGAAGAGUUUGCAUUAUUCUCAGUGGCCUUAGUCGGCCUCUGAUGGCAGACCCUAGUCCAGAGGAACUGGAAGUAUUGAAGCGAAUCUUCUUGAAGGCAUCGGGCGUCCUGUGGGUAACUCGAGGAGCGGCAAUUUCCCCAGUGACGCCGGACGGUGCUCUGGCAACUGGGUUUGUACGGACUUCACGCUCUGAAUCAGGAAUUGAAAGAAUCGUCACAUUGGACUUGGACGGACAGAACCCGCUCUCAAGUCAGCGCGCCGCCGAGGUUAUAUAUACAGUGGUGCGCGAGCGAAUUCUGGCCGAUGGAAACGAUCAAAGUGAUACAGAGUAUGCUGAGCGAAACGGCGUGCUCCUCAUUCCCCGAGUUGUCGAGAACCCGGCCUUCAACCGUUCCCUCGCGGCGUCGCAUGAAACACAGACGACAAGCCUUGAAAAGUUCCAUCGGAAGGACAGAUUCCUCAAAGCGACGAUUUCCGAUGUUUCUCGGGCAGAUGCAGUGCUCUUUGUGGACAAUUCCAGGAUGGAUGACCUACCCACGGACCAUAUCCGAGUUCAAACCUAUGCGGUAUGCAUAGAUAAACAAGCCCUAACCGCUCUGGAAGAGCAGGACAUGUCUCAGGGACCAGCGAUGAGCUUCGGAGUCAGCGGGAUUGUUCAAAGCAUCGGAGAAGCUGUCCAUGGUUUCGCCCCGGGUGACCGAGUGGCUUGCCUUGCGCAAGGAGCAGUAGCCAAUUGCCACCAAGAGCAGGCGUUAGCAUUCCAAAAGUUACCGUCGGAUUUAUCCUUUGAAGCAGCAGCUGCCUUGCCUCUGGCUUAUUGCACAGCACUAUAUGUUCUUCAGGACCUUGGGCGGGUCGUCUCCGCUGGCAAGGUUCUAGUAUACGGAGCCACAGGAACAGUUGGGCAAGCUCUAGCAGAAUUAUGCCACCAUAUUGGAGCAGAUGGGCUCUUUGUUGUCCGAGCUGAGAAAGAAAAGCAUUUUCUUAGCAGUACAGUUGCUGUGUCGGAUGACCGGAUUAUCGUCGAUGACAACGGAGCUCAUGUUAGAAAGCUUCUGAGAAUGAAGCAGCAUCGGCCUCUUGAUGUGGUAAUCAAUUUUGAAAGUUCGGACAACGAGAUGCUACAGAUGCUAUGCAGGUUGGUCGGUACAGGCGGCAAAUUCAUACACCUUUACCACGACAAUCGCUGGAGUCAGCGCAAGUGGGCAAUCCCGCAGCUGGAGAAUGACAUCUCGUUCGCAACACUGGACAUCAAUAAGCUCUUGAGAGACAAGCCAACAUUGCUGUAUAGAACAUGGGGGGAUGUGAUGCGCAUGUUCCGAGCAGGACACAUCCGUGGCCCCAAUGCCUUGGCAACGUAUAGCAUCUCAGAUAUGCUGGGCGCAUUGAACGCAUUGGAAUCGGAUGAUAUGGAAUCCAUAGUAAUCUUGGCUCAACCAGAGGAUGUUGUGAAGGUCAUCACUCCGAAGCCACAAGCUGCCCUACUCCAUCCAGAUGCAUCUUAUAUACUCGUUGGCGGGCUAGGAGGUAUCGGACGAGCCACGGCCCUCUGGACGGCCGAUAACGGGGCUCGAACGUUGAUCUUCGUCAAUAGAAGUGGACUGUCGAGCGAGGCAGCGCAGGAAACAGCACGAGACCUGAAGAAAAAGGGAGUGCGUGUGGUUGUACACGCCUGCGAUAUAUCUAAUAGCCAACAGGUCGAGAAGAUGGUGAGCGAUCUUGCGCGGGAUGCGCCUCCAAUUCGAGGAGUCAUUCAGGCUGCCAUGAUCCUCCGGGAUAUCCAUAUCGAGAAAAUGACCAUCGAGGCUUACCUGUCCGUGCUGCACCCGAAAUACGCAGGAACCUGGAAUCUGCACCGCUAUCUCCAAGAUAACCUCAAGUUCUUCGUCAUGCUCUCUUCCAUUAGCGGAAUCAUCGGAAACGCCACCCAGGCCGCCUACGCAGCUGGAUCAACCUUCCUGGACGCAUUCGCGGCAUACCGCAACUCCCUCGGCCUUCCAGCCGUCUCAAUAGACCUCGGCGUGAUAACCGACGUAGGGUACCUGGCCGGUAACCGCGAUCUAGCGGCCAAGAUGGCCCAACAAGGUUUCCACGGCACAGACACAGCGACGCUGAUGUCUCUGAUUGCGGCCUCAAUCAGAGCGCCGUUCGGCGAAGGCGGAACAUCCCAGAUUAUCACGGGAUUGGGCGAGUGGAAAGAGGGGCAGUCGCUCAGCAACUUUGACGCGCCCCUCUUUGCACACUUCCGGCGACAGUUCCAGCAGAAGGGGGAAGACGACCAGUCUGAUGAGUUUAUCGGCAAGUUACGCGAGAGCCUUCGAGACGUCAGUAACCUCGAAGAGGCUUCCGGGGUUAUCUACAGUGCUCUGAGCGGGAAGAUUGCGGCGCAUCUGUCUGUUCCGAUCGAGAGCAUCGAUGCCUCGCAUCCCAUUACGGAGUACGGGAUCGACUCGCACAUGGCGGUGGAGUUGCGGAACUGGAUCUCGAAGACGAUGGAGAGCACGGUCCCGAUUUUGGAUAUUCUGGCGAGUAGUACGUUGUUGGAUCUGGCGGGCAAGAUUGCACACAAGUCUAGAUUGGUUCAUGUGGAGGAAUAG